AUGUCGUCCAACAACACCUCGGCCAGUGUCUCCAUCGAUAAUCUGGUACGUCGUGAACCGCGAAACGUCUCCAACCUUCACCGACUUACGCGAGCUUCCGACGAGUACGUCAAGGCGAGCAACAUCGCGUUCGGGUUGAUGUUGCUCCACAUGGACGCCGACUACCACCAUGUGGUCGACAACUGUGAAGAAGCAUGGACAGCGUGGUCGCGGUUGAAGAUGCUCUAUGGUGGGUCGCAGAAGGCGGGACGCAUCUACCUCAAGCGCCAGCUGUUCAGCAUCAAGAUGGCGGAAGGUGCCAACGUCUUGCACCAUUGCAACGAAGUCUUGAACAUCGGCGCCAAGCUCAGCAGCAUCGGUGCCAAGAUGGAAGACGAAGACAUUGCGAUCUGCUUGCUGCUCAGUCUCCCGAAGAGUUUCGAGAACGUGGUUCUGAACUUGGAGAUGAGCAAUGCAGAGCUGCGCACGCAAGAUGUGGUCAAGGUGCUGACUAACGAGCACAUCAAGCGACAAGGCGAGAAGAUGACAACGGCAACGACAACGGUGAAGACUGAAGAUGCGACAAAGGCAUUCAGUACCGAGCGCAAGCCCUACCAAUGCACAUACUGCGGCAAGGUGGGGCACACGGCAGAGCGUUGCUGGACGAAGCAAAAGGAUGAAAGUCGAGGAGCCCAACGCGGCGGCAAUGGUCGUGGACGCGGGGCAAACAAUGUCCAGUGGCGACAUUAUGAUGAAGGCAACAGCUACGAUCGAGUGGCGUUUGCAGUUUCGUUCGAAUGCGGAGUUUCGACGAACAAGAAUGGACCAGGAAUGUGGGCCGUUGACAGCGGGGCAACACAUCACAUCUGCCACGACAAGUUCAAGUUUGCAAGCUUGGUCGAAGGCAAUGAUGGCGAGAUCCUGGUGGCUGAUGGCAACAAGGCGGCCAUCAAAGGUGUGGGGACCAUCGUGGAAAAGGUGAUUCUGCCAAACGGGGAAGAGCGCGAGAUCGAGAUCAAGAACGCGCUCUAUGUGCCCAGCAUGAGCAAAAAUCUGCUCUCGGUGCCGCAGAUUAACAAGCACGGCAACUUCCAAGUGGUGUUUGACGGGGAUACGAUGUACGUCGCUCGCAAGGAUUCCAAUCAAGUGGUGGCAGCUGCGGAUCUUGUAGACGGACUCUACUGGCUUCGCACGACGCAGCGAUCGGCCAAUGCGACAUCACUCAGCAACGCUGUUGAUCUACAUGCGCGAAUGGGCCAUGCUCCAGUCGACGUGCUUCGCAGGAUGGUGACAAGCCACAUGAUCAAGGACGCUCACAUCCCUUCCAAGCCGAAUGGAUCAAGUGUGUGUCGAGGAUGCCAAGAAGGGAAGAUGGUCCAAAAACCAUUCCCGAGCAACCGUGACAAGCGCACCUACAACACCUUCGAGAUGCUCCACUUCGACAUCUGCGGACCCAUGGAAGAAAAAUCUCUGGAGAGCGAAGAGUGCAUCAAGAAGUACAUCACGAUGAUACAGACGCAGUUCAACAAGAAGGUCAAAUUUGUGCGACACGAUGGAGCCCGCGAGUUUGCGACGAACUCGCUUCAAGAUUUCUACGAAGUCGAAGGCAUCGAGCAACAAACCACGGUGCCAUACGCACAUCAAGCCAAUGGAACUGCUGAACGCGCGAUUCGAACUAUCGUCACCAUCGGUCGUAGCAUGCUCCAUCAUGCCAAGUUGGACAAGUGCUUCUGGGCUGAAGCGGCAAUGACGGCCGUCUAUGUGAAGAACCGUUUGCCGUCACCCAAGAUUCCACACAAGACACCGUUCGAGAUUGUCUACAAUUCUAAGCCAAGUGUCAAGCACAUGCGCGUUUUUGGGUGCCAAGCAUACAUCUUGACCCCGAAGGAGAAACGACUCAAGUGGGAUCCCAAGGCCCGGGCUGGAUUGUUUUUGGGCUACGAAGAAGUGUCCAAGGCGUAUCGAGUUUACGACAUCGAAGCGGGGCAGGUGAUGAUAAGUCGCGAUGUCAACUUCGAUGAGUCGGCCUUUGGAAUGUCGAUGCUGAUUUCCGAUGACGAUGUUGAUGGCCUGGACUUCGAAUCGAUCGAUCUUGAUGAUGAAGAACCGCGUCCGAGACACUUCAAACAAACAGGAAAGCGCAAGGCCCAACCCAGUCACGACAAUGACGACGCAAGCAUGCCCCGAGCAGUGCGCCAACGACCCGGAUUGGAAGAGUCAAGUGCGCCGGAUGACCUCUCUUCACGUCGAGCCAACGAAGAUGAAGAAAGGAAGUCGGAGGAACAACAUGACACACCGACUUCCUCCGCGUUUUGGCAUGCGAGUGCAAACGCCGUCGAAGCAGCGGUCGAUUUUUCGGAGCCGUCGACAUUUGAAGAAGCAGUGUCUGGCCCGGACCAAGUACACUGGCGCAAGGCAAUUGAUGCGGAGCUCGAUUCGAUGAAGCUUCGCGGUGUCUUUCGUGCGGCCAAGUUACCCAACGGACAAAGCGCCAUUGGCACAAAGGUUUUCGCCAAAAAGUAUGGCAUCGACUACACGGAGACGUUCUCGCCCGUGGUCAAGUAUGUGACGCUGCGAAUGGUCAUCGCCAUUACCAAGCACUUUGGAUGGCCCCUCGACCAGCUCGAUGUGGUGACUGCGUUCCUGUAUGGAGUGAUGAAGGAGAAGGUGUUCUGCGCUGUUCCGGAAGGCGUCAAGAUGGAAGGUGAUUUCGACUGUCUCGAGCUGAUCAAGGCGAUCUACGGUCUCAAGCAAGCCUCGCGUGUUUGGAACGAGACCUUCGACGAGUUCAUACGCUCGAUUGGUUUUCAAGCGUCGGGAUUCGAUCCAUGUCUCUACAUCAUGACUUCGGAAGGCCAUUGUGUUUUUGUGCUGGUCUACGUGGACGAUGUCUUGGUGACUGGAAGCUCGCUCGAGAUGAUUGCGCGCACCAAGAACGACCUCAAGACACGCUUCGAGAUGACGGACAGCGGCAAGUGUGCCUUUGUUCUUGGGAUCGAGUUAUUGGACGGUGAAGAUGGCAGCGUGACUAUGUGUCAGCGCCGUUAUGUCGACGAUGUCCUCAAGCGCUUUGGAAUGGAUGAGUGCAAGGCUGUGGCAAGUCCGGUGGACGUCAGCUCUCGACUGGUUCCAAGCAACUCUGCAAGCAAGGUGGAUGUCCCAUUCCGUGAAGCAGUGGGUGCUUUGAUGCAUCUGACGACUGCAACGCGACCGGACAUCGCCUAUGCUGUAAGCUUUGUGUCACGGUUCAUGGAGAAACCCCAAGAAGAACACUGGGUUGCAGUCAAGCGCAUCUUCCGCUACCUACAAGGCACCAAGAUGCAUGGAAUCUGCUACAAGCCAAGUGCGAAGAUCGACUUUCGUGGCUAUUCAGAUGCAGACUGGGCCGGUGACCUUGCUGAUCGCAAAUCGACGUCCGGCUACGUCUUCAUGCUAUUGGGUGCUCCGGUGAGUUGGGGCAGCAAGAAACAGCCAAGUGUGUCACUGUCUACAAGCGAAGCGGAGUACAUCGCGCUCAGCCUGGCGAUCCAAGAAGGCAAGUGGAUCAAUCGCUUGCUGUGCGAGAUCAUGGCGGCUGCAAACGAAGAAGGACCCGAGCUCGUCAUCCGUGAAGACAACCAGUCGUGCAUCAAGAUGACGAAGAAUCCGGUCAACCACGGCCGCGCUAAACACAUCGACAUCAAGUACCAUCACAUCCGUGAUGAAGUCAAGCGCGGCGAAGUGAAGCUUGAAUACUGCGAGACGACGUUGAUGUUGGCGGACAUCAUGACGAAGGGACUUCACGGACCGCGUCACAAGGACUUGACGGCGGCGCUUGGCAUCCGUGCGUGUUCGGAUUGA